AGGAUCAUUACCCAGUAGUCUAGUCACGUCGAGGGGGGCAGGUUUUGCAGAAAAUGGGAAAAAGUGGAAGAGUGAGAAAAUUAAAGGGGAGCAGUGAAAUAUCACCCCCCCGCUCCCAACCCCACCCCACCCCACCCAGCCUAUACCUUGAUGAUGAUAGUUGCAAAGACCUAGGCUAUUGUACGCUGAGAAGAAUUUCCCCAUUAUUGCUCUCUCUCUCUCUCGUUGACCCCUUGCUCUCUCUCUCUCUCCUCUUUUCUUUACUCAGAGAAAGGUGUAUUCUUUUUUUAUUUAUUGAAUUGAAUUGUAUUGUAUUGUACAGAACAAAAAAAGAAUUGGUAUUGGUAGGUAGUGUAGUGUGAUAAGAAUUGGUAUUGGUAGAAUAGGUAGUGUAGUGUAGUGUAGUGUAGUGUGUUAAGCUUAUAAUUGUGUGCGUCUCUUUGUUAUAUGUGUAGCUAUUUUAGCUCAGACAUAACUACGUCAGGAUCACAACUUUUGGAAAGAAAAAGAAGCCACUUGCUUUCAAUAUAUAUCUUGGUUUUAUUUAUUUAUCUCUCUCGUGAAUCUUGUUUGUUUUUUCUUGCUACUGAUUUUACUUUGCCAGAUCUCCAUUGUUCGCGAGGGGAAAAGGGUCUGUUUCUCUCCCUCCUUCUCUUCUUCUUGUAGUAAAGAUUGAAUUUUUUGGGGUCUGAAAUCAAGAAAUGGGCUGUGGAGAAAACAGGGUUUCUUGAACACUAGUGUAAGCUCUGUUUUUGCUUCAAGAUAAGUAUGAAGAAUUUGUGGUCAUGGGCAAAGUGUGUGUGGGGAGAUGAAGGAAAGGCAGCGGUGGCGAGGUGAAGAGGAUGCUCUGCUGCGUGCGUACGUGAAGCAAUACGGGCCGAGAGAGUGGCACCUCGUCUCGGAGCGCAUGAACCAGCCCCUCAACCGGGACGCGAAAUCCUGUCUCGAGAGGUGGAAGAACUAUCUCAAGCCGGGCAUCAAGAAAGGCUCCCUCACCCAAGAGGAGCAGUCUCUCGUCAUCCAUCUUCAGGCGAAGCACGGCAACAAAUGGAAGAAGAUCGCGGCUGAGGUCCCCGGCCGCACUGCCAAGCGUCUAGGGAAGUGGUGGGAGGUCUUCAAGGACAAGCAGCAACGCGAGCACAAGGACAACAACAAGGAGGCCCUCGACCCCAUACACGACUCCAAAUACGACCACCUCUUGGAGACUUUUGCGGAGAAGCUCGUGAAUCCCAUCACAAUGCCGCCAACUACCAAUGGUGGUGGCGCAUUCCUCCAACACACCGAUCCGUCUCCUGCUCCCUCGUCUCUACCUCCGUGGCUGGCUAGUUCCAGCGCUUCAUCUCCAUCAGUCACACUCACCCUCUCGCCCCCGCCACCAUCAUCAAUCCCGUGGCUGCAGACGUCUGAUAACAACGCCUCUCAAGGGCUACUCCCCUUCGGGGGGAUUGGUGCCCUACCCGGAGACAGCAACUUGCUCGUUCCCGAUCUCAUUGAAUGCUGUCGGGAGCUUGAGGAAGGCCACCGGGCCUGGUCUGCACACAGAAAAGAGGCUGCUUGGAGGCUCAAGAGGGUGGAGCUGCAGCUUGAAGCAGAGAAGGCUAGUCGGAAGAGGGAGAAGAUAGAAGACAUCGAAGCUAAAGUGAACGCUCUAAGGGAAGAACAGAAGGCGACAAUAGAGCGCAUUGAGGCCGAGUACAGAGAACAGCUAGCCGGUUUGAGACGGGAGGCGGAGUUGAAGGAGCAGAAGCUGGCUGAGCAAUGGACUGCCAAGCACGUCCGCCUCACAAAGUUUGUUGAGCAGAUCGGCUGCCGCUCCGUUGCCUCUUCCGACACCCCCAACGCAAGAUGAAGGUUUGCUUUAAUACAUAUACUAGGAAAACCAUUUCUCGGAAGAAUUCAAUGACUUUGUUUAUUCAUGUGAAAACUCAAAACUGCAUAGGAUAUUUGGAUUGGUUUAUAUUUGUGAUCCAAAUUGCUUUAACUUGGUUGAGAUAUUAUUAUGUUUCUCUACAACAUUAA